AGCUCCGCCGCCUCUGCCCUCCCUUCCCCCCGCGAUGGCCUCCCGGGAGCCCCUGCACGUGAAGACCCCGAUCCGAGACAGCAUGGCCCUGUCCAAGGUGGCCGGCACCAGCGUCUACAUCAAGAUGGACAGUGGCCAGCCCUCGGGCUCCUUCAAGAUCAGGGGCAUCGGCCACCUCUGCCAGAAGAAGGCCGAGCAAGGCUGCAAACACUUCGUCUGCUGCUCAGCGGGCAACGCGGGCAUGGCAGCCGCCUACGCGGCCAGGAGGCUGGGCAUCCCCGCCACCAUCGUCGUGCCCAAGACCACACCUGCCCUCACCGUCGAGCGGCUCAGAAGUGAGGGCGCCACGGUCGAGGUGGUGGGUGAGACGUUGGAGGAGGCCCACAAGCUGGCCACGGCCCUGGCGAAGAACAACUCAGACUGGGUCUUCGUCUCUCCCUUCGACGACCCCCUUAUCUGGGACGGCCACACUUCCAUCGUGAAGGAGCUGAAGGAGACGCUGAGAGCAAAGCCGGGGGCCAUCGCGCUGUCGGUGGGGGGCGGCGGCCUCUUGUGCGGAGUGGUCCAGGGGCUGCAGGAGGUGGGCUGGGGGGACGUGCCCAUCAUCGCCAUGGAGACCCGAGGGGCCCACUGUUUCAACGCGGCCAUGGAGGCAGGCAGGCUGGUCACGCUGCCCAACAUCACCAGCGUGGCCAAGUGCCUGGGUGCCAAGACGGUGGCGGCACGGGCCCUGGCGUGCACGCAGGAGCUGCACAUCCUCUCUGAGGUGGUGGAGGACAGCGAGGCUGUGACUGCCGUGCAGCGGUUCCUCGAUGACGAGCGCAUGUUGGUGGAGCCUGCCUGCGGGGCAGCCUUAGCCGCCAUCUACUCGGGCCUCCUGGGGAGGCUCCAGGCCGAGGGCCGCCUGAGCCCCACGCUGGCCUCCGUGGUGGUCAUCGUGUGUGGAGGCAACAACAUUGACAGCCGAGAGCUGCAGGAACUGAAGGCCCAGCUAGGCCAGAGCUGAGGCUCCUGGAUGCUCCUGGAGCUGCCGAGGGGCCUCUGUGCUCACAGAUGGCAGUGGAAGCUACCCUGUGCUUCUGGGCUGGCCGCCUCCUGCAGGAAGCCUUCCUGGACUGCUCCCUUCAGCUCCACCCCCAGCCCUGACCAAUAAACUCUUUCUGAGUUGA